CCGGACUAACGUGGAGGUCGUGGGCUGCAGGUCUUCGGAACAAGCUCACCAGGGAGCGGGAGGCCAAGCGACCGGAGUCAGAGUCGCAGUCGCAGUCUAGGGACAGGAGCAGGAGCCUGAGCCGGAGAGCGCCACCCGCCCACCCGUCGCCGCCCGCGCACCCGGCGCUGCCAGAGCCUCCCGCGCAGCGCGGCCAUGGAGCCCAGCAGCAAGAAGCUGACGGGCCGCCUCAUGCUGGCUGUGGGAGGGGCAGUGCUUGGCUCCCUGCAGUUUGGCUACAACACUGGAGUCAUCAAUGCCCCCCAGAAGGUGAUUGAGGAGUUCUACAACCAGACGUGGAUCCACCGCUACGGGGAGCACAUUUCACCCUCCACACUCACCACACUGUGGUCCCUUUCCGUGGCCAUCUUCUCUGUGGGGGGAAUGAUUGGCUCCUUCUCUGUGGGGCUUUUUGUUAACCGCUUUGGACGGCGAAAUUCAAUGCUGAUGAUAAACCUGCUGGCUUUUGUGUCUGCUGUGCUCAUGGGCUUCUCGAAAUUGGGCAAAUCCUUUGAGAUGCUCAUCCUAGGCCGCUUCGUCAUCGGUGUGUACUGCGGCCUGACCACAGGCUUCGUGCCCAUGUACGUCGGGGAAGUGUCCCCCACAGCCCUUCGAGGGGCCCUGGGUACGCUGCAUCAGCUGGGCAUCGUCGUCGGCAUCCUCAUCGCCCAGGUGUUUGGCCUGGACUCCAUCAUGGGCAACGAGGAGCUGUGGCCCCUGCUGCUGAGCAUCAUCUUCAUCCCAGCCCUGCUGCAGUGCGUUCUGCUGCCCUUCUGCCCUGAGAGCCCCCGCUUCCUGCUCAUCAACCGCAACGAGGAGAACCGGGCCAAGAGUGUUCUGAAGAAGCUACGCGGGACAGCGGACGUGACCCGCGACCUGCAGGAGAUGAAGGAAGAGAGCCGGCAGAUGAUGCGGGAAAAGAAGGUCACCAUCCUUGAGCUGUUCCGCUCACCUGCCUAUCGCCAGCCCAUCCUUAUCGCCGUGGUGCUGCAGCUGUCCCAGCAGCUGUCAGGCAUCAAUGCUGUUUUCUAUUACUCCACAAGCAUCUUUGAGAAGGCGGGCGUGCAGCAGCCUGUGUACGCCACCAUCGGCUCCGGCAUUGUCAACACGGCCUUCACCGUCGUGUCGCUGUUUGUGGUGGAACGAGCUGGCCGGCGGACCCUGCACCUCAUAGGCCUGGCUGGCAUGGCAGGCUGUGCUGUGCUCAUGACCAUCGCACUGGCGCUGCUGGAGCAGCUGCCCUGGAUGUCCUACCUGAGCAUCGUGGCCAUCUUUGGCUUUGUGGCCUUCUUUGAAGUGGGUCCUGGCCCCAUUCCCUGGUUCAUCGUAGCAGAACUCUUCAGCCAGGGUCCUCGCCCAGCUGCCAUUGCCGUUGCUGGCUUCUCCAACUGGACCUCGAAUUUCAUUGUGGGCAUGUGCUUCCAGUAUGUAGAGCAACUGUGUGGUCCUUAUGUCUUCAUCAUCUUCACUGUGCUCCUGGUUCUGUUCUUCAUCUUCACCUACUUCAAAGUUCCUGAGACAAAAGGCCGGACCUUCGAUGAAAUUGCUUCCGGUUUCCGACAGGGGGGUGGCAGCCAAAGUGACAAGACGCCCGAGGAGCUGUUCCACCCUUUGGGGGCUGAUUCCCAAGUGUGAGGUGCCCACACCACCAGCCCGGCCUGCUCCCAGCAGCCCCAAGAUCUCUUGAAGCACCGGCAAUUGGAUGAAAUAUCCAAACUGACAGAUCUCAGCAAAGCCGGGCCUGGGGCUCCUUUCUUCAGCAAACAGUGACAUCCAGAAGAAUAUUAAGGACUUUCACAGCUCUAGGACUUUAACAGAAACAAGACUGUUGCUCAGAUCUAUUCAGACAAGCAACAGAUUUUAUAAUUUUUUUAUUACUGAUUUUGUUAUUAUUUUUUUUAUCAGCCAGAGUCUCCUGCACCCACACCCCAGCCUCACCCUGAAUGGCUCAGUGCCUGAGGGUGGGGACCACGCCCUGCCUAGACAUUUGCCUUCUGCACCAAUCUAAUCCAUAGGGCUGGACCUAUGACCAUGGACACACUAAUCAAACCAUGAACUAGGAGGCUUCUACCCCAAAAGGUGGCUGUGGCCACUGCCUUCUGUGGGCCUGGAUCUCCCCACCCUAGGAGGUCAAGCUCCAUUAGGAUUUGCCCAUUCCCAUCUCUGCCUACUCAACCAACCACUCAAAUUAAUCUUUCCUUGCCUGAGACUGAGAGCACUGGAGUGCAGGAAGGAGAGGGGAAGGGCCAGACUGGGCUGCCAGGUUCUAGUCUCCUCUGCACUGAGGGCCAGAUAAUCGCCAUGAGAGGAGAGCCAUGGGAGGCCAAGAACUCACUGCUCAAGAAGACAUGGACACUCCUGCCCUGCUGUGUAUAGAUAGAAGAUAUUUAUAUAUAUUUUUUUGGUUGUCAAUAGUAAAUACAGACACUAAGUUAUAGUAUAUCUGGACAAACCAACUUGUAAAUACACCACCUUACUCCCUCUGUAACUUACCUAAACAGAUAUAAAUGGCUGGUUUUUAGAAACAC